UUUUCCCACUGUGAUUCCUCAGAGCCCAGCAGCGUCUUGUGUUGUGUCCAUCCUGCUCUCCUGGAGAGUGGCGAGGAAGAGCAGUGAAGAUGCGACAAUACAGCAUGCGUCUGACCUAAACUGAAGUUGACUAUGAGGCUUUGGCUGUGGUUUAUUGCGGUGGCCCCAGUAUGCUGCUGGGGCCAGGGGCCAGUGGACACAGGGGACAACGAGGUUUUCCAGCCCCAGAGUGCCCUCAGUGACAUGGAGUUUGCCAGUGUGAGCUCGUACCGGGGCCCUGGAAACACAGAUUUUCGCCCGAAUAAUAAGCUGCCCAUCCUUCUGUGGUGGAGCUCCAAUCUGUUCCCACACUUCCCAGGAGACACCGAGCGUGUGGACUGUGCCCACUCGUCCUGUCUGGUCACAAGCAACCGUAAAGUCCAGCUGUAUCGCCGCACGGCAUCCAUCAUUUUCUACGGCACAGACUUCCGGGCGUACGAGGCUCCUCUGCCACGCUUGGCCCAUCAGACCUGGGCGCUUUUCCACGAAGAGUCGCCCAUGAACAACUACCUGCUCUCCCACAGUGUUGGGAUCAGGCUGUUUAACUACACAGCCACGUUCAGGAGGGAGUCGGACUAUCCGCUGACGCUGCAGUGGCUGCCCUCUCUGGACUAUCUUCUGGAGGCAGCGGCAGUCCCUCUGCAGGAGAAGAACCGCUGGAGACGGGCCGGUCUGGCCCCUGUGCUCUACAUGCAGUCCCACUGUGAUGUGCCUUCAGACCGCGAUCGCUACGUUCAAGAGCUGAUGAAAUAUAUAGAGAUUGACUCGUAUGGUAAGUGCCUUAAUAACAAACCCCUGCCUGACUAUCUGGAGGACACCAGCACAGCCACUGGUGAAGACAGGCGCUUCAUGAGUUUUGUCGGCCGUUAUAAGUUCCACCUGGCCCUGGAGAACGGCCUGUGUCCCGACUACAUGACGGAGAAGCUGUGGCGCCCCAUGCACCAGGGCUGUGUGCCCAUCUACAGGGGCUCGUCGUCGGUGGCCGACUGGCUCCCAAACAAUCAUUCUGCUAUCCUCAUUGAUGAUUUCCCCUCUCCACGGGAGCUGGCGGAGUUCAUAAAGACUCUGGAUCAAGACGACGCAGAGUACUCGCGCUAUCUGGAGUACAAAACACCCAGCAAGAUCACGAACCUGCGUCUGCUGGAGGGACUGGAGAGCAGAGAGUGGGGCGUCAACGACAUGAGUAAACCAAACUACCUGAACGGGUUUGAGUGCUUUGUGUGCGACCGAGAGAACGAGCGUCUGGCGGCAGUGAAAGCACACAGGAAGAACCCACAGCAAAACCUGCCGCCCCAACCAAAGAUGGCCAACAGCUCACACAUGGGCUGCCCACUGCCCAGUCCUGGAUAUGGGCCUGUGGAGGGUCUUGACCCAAAUGAUAGCUGGCUCCAGAUGUGGCCGCAGGACUACUGGCAGAGUCUGGAUCAAGCCGAGGGUUUGGAGUCACUCAUCAGACACAACGUCUCAGAUCCCUCGUUACUGUGGCAUCACAUACAGAGCAUCGCUGUGAGGAGAGCCAGAGGCCGCUGAGAUGAGCCACCGCAGGGGACGUCACAGAUCUAAACUUCCUCUGACAGCUCAAGACUGAAAUAGUUCUGGAAACAAUCUGGCAGUCCACCCAAGGCUGAUGAGCCAUUUUUACAUUGUGAAAGUAAUUGGAGUUUCCAAUCAAAUAGAAACAAUCCCAAUAAUCUUGUUACUUUUAAAUGUUUCCCAUCAGUACUUUGCAUUUUUUCAUAAUGAACGUUCUUGAGCUCUAUGUUAAGCAACCCCCUCUUUGGACCAUUAAGAUUUUGGAUCAUAGUGUCUUUUGCAUUCGAGUUAAGCACAUGAUACAUCCAAAAUAUGUAAUUUCUCUUGAGUGGUUCAUGAGAUUCUCUCCCAUGAGACUCCUGGGACUUGUUUAAAUGUGUGUGUACACCUCAGUAUUUCUUAUGCAAUAUUUAUAUAUUUACAUUUUUUAUUGCACAUUCUUGUAACAAAAUAAAAGGAGAAUUCGACUUGAA